AUGGCUACCAAUUAUCACGAAGAUGGAUUGACUACAAGAGAAGUACGGUCCAAUUCUAAUUCUACUAGCACUGGUGAUCAUUUACAUAGUGAUCAUCAAUUGAAAACACCUUCAUCUAUAAUAUCACUUUCGGCUGUUGGCUUGUCGAUAUUCUUCAUCAUUGUUACCUUGGCACUUUCAUUUAGUUUAUACGGUGUGUUUCCUAAACAAUGUGUAAAGUGUGAAAGAGCCGAAUUGGCUAUAAUUUUGACAUUGUCAUUGGUGGCUUGUGCAUCAAUGGGAGUGUGUAUUGCUUUUGCACUGUUUUUGAUAUGGAAAGCUCACUCUUUGAGAGGUGUUGUGAAGGGAACAAUUUAUUGCUUGUUUGUAACGAGUUGUGUUGUGAGUGCAAUUUUGUUUGCAGUUUUUCUAAUUGUAUACGUAGUAUUUAUGGCCAUUCCUCUUUCUUCUAUUGUGAAUAAGAGUGGCACACUCAAUGUAAAAUCAAUUGUAUUGGAAACAAACACUUAUUUAAAAUCAUAUCCUUCCUAUUUAACACCAAACACAAAAAUUAAUAUAAGGAGAGAUGUGAAUGGAAUUAUUUAUGUGGAUGGAGAAAAAGAGUUAGACAUGAUAUUUGGUCAAGGGUUUGCAACUGCCCAAGAAAGACUCUUCCAAAUGGAUCUUAUUAGAAGAGUGUCCCAGGGUAGGUUGAGUGAAAUUGCUGACAGUUCCACUUUGGAAGAUGAUAAAUUGUCAAGAUUUAUUGGUUAUGCCAGAGCUGCCAAGAAGGAAAUGCUCUUGUUGAAUAAUCAAGCCAAGAGUGCACUUCAAGCUUACACAGAUGGUGUUAAUGCUUAUUUACAAAGUGGAAAUGCAGCUCCUGCAGAAGCCAUUCUAUUGGGAUAUGAUAUUGAACCUUGGUCCAUUUUUGAUUCUCUCUGUGUUGUAAAGUAUAUCGAGUUUAUCAUGUCUGUGAAUUAUUUGGAUGAAGAAAGAAGAUACAAUGCAAUGACAAAGUAUGGAGUUACAUUGAGCAGAAUGGAGGUCCUUGAUCCACCAGUUCCGUUUGAUGCAGCCACCAUUGUGACUCGUGAGGAUUUAGGACUCAACUUGACCCAUCAAGAAGAACUCGCUAUGGAGUGGAAGCAAAACAGAAAUAAUACAGGUGCCUAUAUUCCAAAAUCUGGAAGUAGAAAAUUGGGUAAAAGUUCCAGUGGAAGAUAUUCCUUCAUUUCUAAAACUGUCAAGGAAAUGGUAAGAAAUACCAAGAAGGCCAUUGGCUCUAAUAAUUGGGCUGUCAAUAAGGCAUUCACUGAUAGUCCUACAGGAUAUUUGGCCAAUGAUCCUCACUUGGAAUUCCAAGCUCCUGAUCAAUUUUAUCUUGUUCAAAUGAAUUAUAGAACUUCUAGUGACUCUUCAGCUCCUAGGAAUUUCUCUGGAGCUGCUUUUAGUGGAGUUCCUGGUAUUGGUAUUGGAAGAAAUGAAUAUAUUGGUUGGGGUGUAACAUUGGGAUAUACUGAUGUUCAGGAUCUCUACAUUUUGACACCAGAUCCAUCAAAUGAGAAUAAUUAUCUCGUCGAUGGAGUCUCCAAACCAUUCACUAUUUAUAGUGAAACAAUCAAAAUUUCUGGAGCUGAUCCAGUCACCAUCAAGGUCAGAGAGUCAAUCUUUGGUCCAGUGUUAUCCGAGAGCAAGACAGAACUUCCAGCUCUCAGAUGGAUUGCUCAAGUUGAAAAUGACACUAGCGUAAAUAAUUACUACGCAUUGAUUUUGAGUAAGAAUUGGAAUGAGUUCCGUACCUAUGUGAAUGGAAUUAAGUCUAUUGUAUUCAACUAUGCCUUCAUGGAUGUAAAUGGUAAUAUUGGUUACAAGCUUUCUGGAAGAAUUCCAAUGCGUAGGGAGGGCCAUACUGGACGAUAUGCUGUUAGAGGAGAUACAAUGACAUGGGAUUAUGAUGGAUAUGUACCUGUGGACAAGGCACCAGAAGUUUACAAUCCAAAGAGAGGAUAUGUUUCAUCUGCUAAUAAUCGUGUUGUUCCUCCAGGAUAUCCAUACACAGUCAGUGCUGAUUACUUUUUCGAUUACAGACAGCAAAGAAUUCAAGAACUUUUUGCAGUAUUAAUGAAGCAAAAUGCAGAGACUGGAAGUAAAUUGACCAUGCAAGAUAUGAUUAAUAUUCAAUUGGAUACUUUCAGCGUGGUUUAUAGAGAUUACAAAUUCAUGUUUGUUAACAUGACAAGUGGAAUGGCCAAGAAGGGUUCUAAAUACUCUGACUUGUUGACCAGUUUGAUUAAUUGGGAUGGUUAUAUGAAGAAGACUUCAAAGGAAGCUUCUUUAUUUGAAGGAUUUUUGAGAUAUUUCGGUACACUUGCUUCUAAGGAAAUGGAAGGAGCCGAAGCUGCUAACUAUAGACUUGCCUUAUGGUACUAUUACAAGGAUGCCAUGCUGAGAAACAAUGAUCAGGCAUGUAUCAAUCAAGGAUAUUCCACCUGUACUGAUUAUGCCAUUGCCAAGUUUGUCUUGAUGGUCGAUACUUUCUAUAAUCAAUAUGGUGAAAUCCCAACAUGGGGAACUAUUCAUGCAACUCCAAUCUAUCACAUUGCAGGCAAGGAUACGCCAAUUAUUGGCUGUCUUUCAGAAAUUAUUCUCAAAACUGAGGGAGGUACUGAAACAGUUCUUUUGAAUAAUGUGGACGAAAAUUAUCAAACCAACGAAGGACCAGUCUAUCGCCAAAUUCUCACUUUCAACAAUGCUCUCCACAGAGACAAACUCAUUCUUCCAACUGGCAAUGAUGGUAAUAUCUUUGCUAAGAAUUACGACAAUAUGGGUACAUUGUACGCCAAUGGUGAAUAUCUUGACAGCAAGUAUGUCGAAGAAGCAGACAUUAGUGACACUUUUGUAAUAAACGUUUCUGAAUAA